AUGGUUGCCUUCUCUUCUAUCAUUCUCGCUCUCGGUAGCGCCACUGCGGCUCUCGCCUCGCCCCUCGGCCUCAUCCUCGAUGCUCGUGCUCAGGAAGAGUCUGCCAACUUGACUGCUCGCGCCACCCAGCCAGGCGAAGGCACCAACAACGGCUACUUCUACUCAUUCUGGACCGACAACCAAGGCCAGGUCACCUACAACAACGGCGCUGCCGGAAAGUACGAUGUCCAGUGGUCCAACGUUGGUAACUUCGUUGCUGGCAAGGGAUGGAACCCCGGCUCGCCUGACAAGGUGGUCAAGUACUCUGGUACCUGGAACGCUGCCAACGUAAACUCCUACGUCUCUCUUUACGGAUGGACUCGCAACCCGCUCGUCGAGUACUACAUCGUCGAGACCUACGGCUCUUACAACCCCUCUUCUGCUGCUCAGAAGAAGGGUUCCGUCACCUCUGACGGUGGCACAUACGACAUCCUCCAGACCACCCGCACCAACCAGCCUUCCAUUGACGGCACUGCUACUUUCCAGCAGUACUGGUCUGUCAGGACUAGCAAGCGCGUCGGUGGUACCAUCACUGUCAAGAACCACUUCGAUGCCUGGGCCAAGUACGGACAGAAGCUUGGUACGCACUACUACAUGAUCCUCGCUACUGAGGGCUACCAGAGCUCUGGAUCUGCUAGCAUCACCGUUGAGAGCGCUUGA